AUGAUUCCAGUUAUCAUCGGCGUUGCCGACAUCAAAAACCGAUCGGCCAAGCCUGAGGAUGCGAAAGAACCGGCGACUUUAAUGCUGGAAUCUAUCAAUGCAGCCAUCAACGAUGCAACAACCUCAUCAACGACUGAAGCAAAGCUACGGUCCAGUAUCGACAGUAUCGACGUCGUGAAGACCUGGACAUGGCCAUAUUCAGAUUUACCUGCACUUCUAGGAGAGAAGCUGGGCGUGCAGCCAAGACACAAAAGCUACACUGACCACGGUGGAAAUCAACCGGCGAAGCUUUUGGACGAUGCUGCGAGGCGUAUCGCGACUGGAGAGAGCCACGUCGCUGUGAUAACGGGUGCUGAAGCUCUUGCGUCUUUGGCUGGCUGUGUCAAGGAAGGUAAAAUGCCACCUCCUGGAUGGACUACAGGGCCAGAAACCGAGUCAGUGACGGAUGUCUUUACUCCAACUGGACGGGAACUCACGAAGAAUCUCGGAGGCAUUCACUCAAUGGGAGCUCCAAUUCACAUUUAUCCACUGUACGAAAAUGGAUUCCGAGCCCAUCGUGAUCAAUCAAUAGAAAAAAACCAUGAAGAGUCCGCCAUCCUUUACGGUAAUUUCAGCGAGGUCGCGGCGUCGAAUCAGUAUGCGUGGAACUAUGGCCUGAAACCUGAAACGGCGAAUUCAAUUGGGACGAUUUCCAAGAAAAAUCGAAUGAUUUGCUUUCCAUAUCCCCUCUUGAUGAACGCAUUCAAUACGGUCAAUUUGGGUGCGGCUUGUAUUGUUACUUCAACCGACUUUGCGAAGCAACUUGACAUCCCAGAAGAUAAAUGGAUAUACCCUCUUGGUGGUGCUGGAUUUAGAGAACGCGACCUGUUCUGGGAGCGACCAAACUUCUUCGAAAGCUCUGCCAUCUCCCAGUCGCUUGACAAAUGUCUGGAGCUCACUUCGCUGAAAACAGCAGACAUUGAUAUCUACGACCUGUAUUCGUGUUUCCCCAUCGUUCCAAAACUUGCAUGCCACCAUCUUGGACUUUCAAUUACUAAACCGGAAAAACCGAUCACUGUUCUCGGUGGUUUGACCUCAUUCGGUGGUGCUGGAAAUAAUUAUUCCAUGCAUGCCAUCACCGAAAUGGCUCGCCAACUUCGCGGAGGCUCUGCUCGCAACGGCCUUGUUUUAGCCAACGGCGGUUUCUUGUCAUAUCAGCAUGUGAUUUGUAUCUCGAACAGGCCGCGAAGAGAUGGAAGUCAAUAUCCAGACAGCAGUAUUUUCAAUACUACGAUCCCCGAUCCCAUCCCGCCUAUAGAUGCCGAAGCAGAAGGGAAGUCCCAGAUAGAGACAUAUACGGUUGAAUUCGGCCGCGAUGGACGUCCGACUCUUGCGCAUAUUGUCAGAAGAAACCAUUUGGGGACCCCUUAUUCCCUCAGAUUCCAGUCGCAUCGCUCACAGUUUGCGCGUCCCCUGCAUGCGCGUGCCACGGAGUUUUUACAAAAUCAAGACCCAGAUCUAUCUGAUUCCCAACGCACUGUACGAGAGGCCGUCGGCAAGAUCUGUUCGGAUUUCCCCGAUGAGUACUGGGCCCGAGUAGACGAGUCAAAGGAAUUUCCAACAGAGCUUUAUGACGCGUUAGCACGCCAGGGCUGGUUGGGAAUCUGUUUGCCGCAGCGUUAUGGGGGUUCCGAGCUGGGCAUUUCCGAGGCAGCAGUGAUGAUGCAGACGAUUUCAGAAUCUGGCGCUGGCAUGACUGGUGCUUCGUCCAUACAUAUGAAUAUCUUUGGCCUAGAGCCGGUUGCAAAAUUCGGGACAGAAGAGCAGAAGGAAAGGUGGCUACGACCCUUGAUUGCCGGUCGCGAGCGAGCCUGUUUUGGAGUCACAGAGCCAAACACCGGUCUUGACACACUGAAGCUACAAUCCACAGCUCGUCGAUAUGGCGACGGAUACAUACUCUCAGGGCAAAAGAUCUGGAUUUCGACGGCGCAACAGGCAAACAAGAUCCUAAUUCUGGUUCGCACAACACCCCGCGAUCAGGUACGCAAGCCGUCGCAGGGAUUAUCCCUAUUUUACACCGAUCUUCAAGUUCCUGAAGUCGAAAUCACGGAAAUACCUAAGAUGGGCCGUGCCGCUGUCGACACCAAUACUCUCUUCUUUGAUGAGUGGCAUGUACCGGAAGUCGAUCGUGUAGGACCAGAGGAUGAAGGCUUCAAAAUGAUUAUCCAUGGAAUGAACGCUGAGAGGAUCUUGAUUGGCGCCGAAGCACUCGGCUUGGGCUUUGCAGCUAUACGCCGAGCGGCAUUAUACGCUGAGGCUGCCCGUAUGAUGAUUUACCAAGCGGCUCGCUUGUACGAUGAAGGCUACCAGGGUGGGGAGUAUGCGAAUGCUGGAAAGUACCUCGCUGCCGAAGCUGCAUUUGAAGCCUGCGAGAGAGCGAUACUUGCUCAUGGGGGCAUGGGGUAUGCGAAAGAGUAUCAUGUAGAGAGGUAUCUUCGAGAGGUCUUCAUUCCUCGUAUCGCCCCUGGCCCUUUCUGUACUCAAAUACUUGCUGAUUACGGGGCCGACGUGUUGAAGGUUGAAAAUCCAAAGGGAGGGGAUGAUACGCGAAGGUGGAAAACUGCCGCAGAAAAAGACAUUUGGAAAUCAACCGAGAAUGAUAUUUCAGCUUACUUUUGCGGCGUGAACCGCAACAAACGUUCGAUCACGCUGAACUUCAAGGAAGACAAGGGCCGCGAAGUUUUGUUCAGACUUGUAAAGAAUGCGGAUGUUUUAGUCGACAAUUUCGUGCCAGGAAAAAUGGACGAACUGGGAAUUGGAUACGAAAAACUUCACUCGAUCAACCCCUCAAUUAUCCAUGCUAGUGUCUCCGGUUUGUUACGGAGCAAGCGGCCCGUACGCCCAUCGCGCGGGUACGAUGCGAUAGCUGCAGCAGAGGCGGGUUUGCUACACAUCACUGGUGAAAAGGACGGUCCUCCGACUCGGCCAGGCUUGGGUCUUACAGACAUGAGCACCGGACUAUAUCUCCACGGUGCGAUCCUGGCUGCGUUGUUUGCUCGCCAGAAAAGCGGCAAAGGGCAAAAGAUCGAUGCGUCUCUAUUUGAAAGUCAAUGGAAGCUCAGCGCUGGGGCACAGAGCACCCUGAGCAUAGUUCCAUACCAGGCCUUCCAAACCAAGGAUUCGUACAUCGUCCUCGGUGCUACGAAUGAUCGCCAAUAUCAGGUCCUUUGUCGACUGAUGAAGCGACGGGAUCUAGCAGAAGACCCUCUUUUCGCCAGCAACGACGCGCGAGUAAAAAAUCGGGAUAGGCUGAUGAAGAUCUUGAAAGCCAUAGUUAGGGAAAACUCAACAGAUGAGUGGCUUCAAAUCCUCGAGGGCAGCGGAAUGCCAUACGGGCCAAUAAACACCGUGGAGAAGGUGUUCUCACACCCCCAGACAGACGCUAGAGAAAUGGUUCACAAUAUACCCUACAGUGCAGCAUCCUCGGGGCAGAUUAAAGUUCUUGGUUCGUUUUGCUCCUCAUUUCUGUGA